UUUUAAUUUAAUUUGAACGUUUGACCAGGAAAGAUUGUCAUUAUUUGUGAGAGUGAAUCUUUUAUACGUAAUUUAAUUAAAAACGACGAUGAUGAAGACAUUUUUAAUCAUUCUCGUUCUUUGCCACUGUGCAAUGAGUAAAACGAUUCAAAACACAAAAGCAGAUGAUUUAAUGUCGACAGAGACUUCUUCAAUUUCGGUUGUUAAUGUUCUGAAUAUUGUGAAAACUGAAGCGCAAAUCUUUUUUGAAAAUAUUCCAUUUCAAGAUCAAGACGAUUUUAUUGCUUACUUUCUUGGGAGAGGUUUACAAAUGAAUCAUAUUGUAAUUCCAGAAGAAAUUCUCCAGAAAAACUUUUACAUUGAAGCAUUUGAACAACUCGUAAACCCACAAAGAUUUUCUCAGGAUCUCUUGGAAAGUACAAAAGAAGAAUUUGAAUUAGACAACGAGGAAAUGACUGAACUUGUUUUAUAUAAUCGAGUUUGCUUCAGCAGUGGAAGGUGCGUUAGUAUAACUGAUGUAGGCGUACAUUGCUGCCUUGUCUAAUAAUAAAAAUGCUUCAAAUAACACGAAUGUAAGAAAAAGCAAAAAUAUCUCGCGCGAAUUAAAAAUUAAACUGAAAUGAUAAGUUUUUUUACUACUGAUUAGAGAGUG